UUGUAUUUAACACAGUUGUCAUUCAAUGAUUGCAAAUUACUAUGCACACAUAAAAUUCUGGACAUAACAAGUCACGCCUGAAUGAAACUCGAUGGUUUAUCAGUUUAUUAAGCGCCAAAACGUCAAGCUAUUAACUAGUGUCAUUGCGGCGUCUUUAAAUUGUGCUGACAGCCAUACCAUUGUGAUACAAAUCAAAAUGACCGAGCACGAAGCCGAUCAGGCGCUAUCACCUGGAACGGAGGACGAAGGACAGCGAGAUUUCGCUGCAAAGACAAGCAAAAAGCGAUUCAGGGCUAACAGGAAGGUCGUCCUCGCCGUGGCUGGAGUUUUAGCAGGCGUAGGGCUUAUUCUUUUCAUUGUAGGGCUUGUGUUGAUAGUGAAGAGCAAAAAUGAGGGACGGCAGCAUUCAGUCAGCAGUGAACAGGACAAUGACAAGGAUAAGCUGGUGGAUAAGUGUUCAUUCUCGCCUGAGGCAAAGCGUGCAGGUCUUCCACAGUUUUUCAAGAAAGUCGACAGCUCGUACUACGAGCUUCAUCCCUACAUUGCUGGUCGUAUGACAGGGGUCCCUCUUGAGGAAAGUAGGAAGCUAUUUCAGCCGUAUAACCCCACCCCGGAGAGUAUCAAAGCCAUAUCUGACCGAUCGCAGUCAUUGCUGAAGGAACUCAAUCAAAUGGACAUCAACAGGAAGCUUCUUUUAUCACGUGAACGGAGCAUGAUCGCCCAAGCGGAUCAUUUUUUGAGGCACUACUUCGGGCGGCCUUACGAAAACAAUUAUUUAUCCGGCUACUGGAUGUUGGGACCUGGAAGAUACUGUACAAGGACUUUCAAGGGCAUCACAUCAAUUAAAGCCCAGCUUGCAACAAUGCUUCUUCUUUUCCGCCCCCAAACAGCGUCGGAGCUGGAAGACAAUUUGGUCUUUUUGGGCAGGUUCAAAAUCGGGAUAAACCAGUUCAAGGAAAACUUGAAAAGCGGGAUCAGAGCUGGUAUGGUAGGGUCCGUAACCGUGUGCAAAGAGGGGAAACAGUGCUUGGGGGAUACGUAUGUCGAAAUCACGUCCCAGAAAUCAGGCCGAGGAAUCAUAACGGCGUUUACCAAUUCAAUUUCUUCCUUCCUCUCCAAAAUAAGCUCAGACGAAUUAGCGAAGAUAUUGGAAAGACAUGGAAUGAAUGCGACCGCCCUUGUCGAGGACAGUGUUAUUAAGAAUGUCGGAUCACCUUUGACUGAUCUCUUUGAGUACCUUGAGAAAGAGCACCUUCCACACUGCUUACCGACCAAUGUUUCGAGUGGACUGGGUACCUUGCCUGUUGAUCACGUUUAUUACAACGGGAGUAGAACCUUGGAGAGAACAAAUACGAUUUUCAAGGGAGGGGACAGUAUCAUGCCUGGGAAGGAAUCUUACAGGAACUUUUUAUCAUUCUCUACAACGCAAAAUAUCACGCCAGAUGAAGUUCAUGACAUGGGAUGGAAGAUGUUGCAUCGUCUUUACCAACAGGCUGUGUUGAUUGCUAAGACGAUUACCAAGAAAGACAAGGAGGAGGAAGCUGUAACUGAGUUCAAAAAAUACCUCAACUCUUCAGAACUGUACUUUAAUGAACAUCCCUUUCCAGAGAAUGAAUCUAAUGAAGAGGCCUUUCUUAAAUGCAAGAGCGUAGAGGCUGCUCAAGUGUACUGCCCAGAACGUUACAAAGCGAUGAUGAAAUGGCUUGACUUUUCUCGUAACACGCUGGCCCUUAUCCGGCCCAAAUUAACCAGAAUGGUCUACUACACGGGCAAUAAAACAACUGCUCCCUCGUGCCCUGCCUCCGUAGUAAUUAGAUUCAAUCCCCUGAUCUCUGUACAGGGAUAUUCUAAGAGUACAAGGUCCUGCCAAGAGCCCAGUAAGAUUAAAGUCCCUUUCUUUGUGGACAGAAUGGGACCCAGGUUCUUCGAAUACACCGUGAGCGCGCACGAAGCGAGUCCUGGGCACCAUAUGCAGUCACAAGGCUAUAUCGAGAAUUUUCGGGAUCAGUGCUUAAAAGUUGUCAAUGUUGAGUUCCUGAAAGACCCAUCGGUAACUGCAUUCAAUGAGGGCUGGGGUCUGUAUGCUGAAAAUCCGCUAGUGACUCAGGACACAGAUUUGUACCAACAUCGUCCACUCGAGAACUACGGAGCUAUGAAAGGCCAAAUAUGGCGCGCUCUUCGCCUAAUCAUAGAUACCGGCCUCCAUUCUCAGAACAUGACACGUGACCAAGCCAUUCAUCUGUUUCGUCGUUAUUUGUGGGAUGAAAGUGACGUCGUCGUUAACGAGGUUAGUCGGUACCAGGGUUGGCCGGGACAGGCGACCUCGUACAUGACUGGUCAGUUGGCAAUUUGGAGAAUGCGCAAUGAGACGUUGGAAAAAUUAGGAGCUAAGUUUAAACUGCAAGAUUUUCAUUAUCAUGUGUUAUUGCACGGGUCAGUGCCGAUUUCGUACCUUCAAACCUACAUCGACGAGUACUCCAACUGCGUCUUACAUGAAGAAGAGAGCCACUGUGAGGAAAUCCUCACUGCUUUCAGCAAAAUAGAGCCUUCCGGCGAGGCAUUACUCGCGGACAAAUAUCAACACGAAUUCUUGAAUAAACUAAGGGAAUUAACGCCAGAAGACACUUAUGAAUUUUAACAGUAACACGAAGCGAGAUAGUUUUCGUGCUGACCAUUUGAAAUCACCUACAACCCUGAGUACUGCUUGCAAACUCCUCGUUCCUUUUGAAGUCAUUCAGUCAACUGUACCUCAGUCAGAAAGACUCGAGACAAUAGAUGAAUGCAAGAAAACUCUAAUGUCAUUUAGCCUGCUGUCUGUUAUUGUCACCUUUUGAAACGUUUAUUCGUAAAGACCCUUUAAAUUUCAGUUUAUACUCAUUUUUCAAUAUUCGACUGAUAGGACAAGUGAUUUUAAUUUGACCCCAGCUUGUUGUAAAAGGAGGUUGUCAUUUUCAUGGCCCGGUGCACCCACAAUCUUUUAACCAGUAAAACUGAGCGGAUGAAAUUUUAUUUCAACCCCGCAAUCACUGGUGUGCUGUAAUAACAGGGAAUAACGCCCUAUUUUAACUACAGUAAAUGAAAUUGUAUUUUUAAAAGUUUAAUUCAAAAGGCCAUAUUGUCAAUAAGGCCAUCCCCUACUUUUCUUCGCGGUUAAGGGUCGUCAAACCGACCCAAUAUAUUAUGCACUUUACGAAAAAAAAUGUUAUGAGGUCAGCGUUAAUGACACAGUCAAAUAUUUUUACCUUUAAACUAAAAACUAAACAUUUUGUUUUUGCGAACGCAGAUUUAUUUACUGCAUCUCCUACGCUGAAUACCUGUCCAGUUUUAAUCCUAUACCCCAGAUCGAUGUUGUUUUCCUCGCCUCCAGGGUUGAUUUUGUGACGACUUUAUGUUGUUUCCAGUCUACACGGCGUUUAUGUUGGGGUACCGGGCCUCCUAGUUCCAGACUCCCCCUGAUUUCUUUUAUGGAGCAUUGUUUUUAAACUACUGACCGACCCAAAAUAGGGAAUCGCAUUCGACGGUGAACGAAAAAAAAGGGAUGGGCUAAGUCUGAGAUGCACAAUAUGUUGGCGUGGAAUCACGGCUGAAGGAUAAGCAGUAAAGCUUUCGUUUCCUACAAAGCACAGACAGCUACAGGUUUCCCUAACAGUGGAAGCAAACUUGUUUUAAAGGAUGUCUCAUAUUUGUUUUUACACUGCAUCGUUAUUCGUGAUUUACUUACAUAAAAAACACAAAAACGGCCUACUGAUUCAUCCUGCCCAGAAUGUGAUUAGAUAAACUUUUGAGACCUACCAUGGACAGGCUAAGAGGAUGACCAUGCCCUAGCGGCCCUAACUCUUGUGAAAAUCUAUUUAAAAAAGCCAACAGGCCAUUUCGGCCAUUUCCGAGUUACCUUGCGCAUGUGUUUCCAAAGGAAUCUUCGCGCAAAACCUUUCAUAUGAAAAUGAUAAACCUGCAGGGGACACAUAUUUUGAUAUGAAUGGUUUCGAAUAAAGACUCGUUUUGACACCUAGGCAAAAGACAACUCGGAAAUGGCCUAUUCAUGCCUGGCAAAAAAACUUCACUUGGCUUGUCACGUGACCAGAUCAAUCGAAGGAAAAGGGUUCAGGAGCCCGUUUUUCGAAGGUCCCGAAGAGCCGAAAAGCUUUCGCAACCGAAAAGCCAUAACAAAAUAUCAAGAGCCUUACGACUUCAGAGCUGUUUUAUGCACAUAUUGUUAAUAUGAGCAGAGGUUCCCUUCGAACAAGAAGUUUCAGGCGUAUAGACCUCUGUUUGUAGAUGCAGAUUAACUGAAAAAGGCUUUGCGGGCCCGAAAAGUUUUUGGGGCUUUCGAGAAACAGGCCCCAGCACAAUAAAUUGACGUAAAAGAACUGAAAAUUCCAGCUAACUAAAAAUUCAACGUUGGCUGUUUAUUAUUUUUUCGCUCAGGUUGAAAUAGUCCAA